AUGGGGUCAAUACCAGAGUCAGAGUCGAACGGCACGAAUAAUGCAAUGAUCCCAAUUAUCGACCUCGCACCCUUCACGUCACCGUCACCGUCACCGUCAUCAUCAUCACCACCAUCAGAUGCAUCCGCCGGCGCACGGCUAAGAGCCGCGCAAGAUCUCGUCCGCGCCUGCCGAGAGGUAGGUUUCGUGUACAUCAAAAAUCACGGAGUCCCGCAGGAUGAGCUCGACAGAGCAUUCGCCAUGUCCAAGCAGUUCUACGACCUGUCCACGGAGGAGAAAAUGAAGGCGCCGCAUCCGCCAGGCUGGGCAGUGCACAGAGGCUACUCGUGGCCUGGGCUGGAGAAGGUCUCCGGGGCAUUAUCCGAGAAGACCGACGAAAAGUGGGUGAGGAAGUUGCGGGAGGUGCAGGAUUAUAAGGAGAGCUACGAGGUCGGCUCAGAAGACAACCCGGACCAACCUAACGUGUGGCCACCACCUGAAGUCCUGCCUGCAUGGCGCCCCUUCAUGACGUCCUUUUACUGGACGUGCUUCGAAACCGCCAAGCACAUCCUCCGCGCACUGGCCGUGGGCAUUGGCCUCGAGGACGAGAAUCACCUGCUCGCCUACCAUUCCGGACAUUACAACCAGCUCCGCCUGCUGCACUACCCACCUUUACCGGCCGAGGCCGUCGAAGCGGGCAUGUUCGCCCGCAUGCCCGCGCAUACGGACUGGAGUACCAUGACGAUGCUGUUCCAGGACGACUGCGGAGGCUUGCAGGUCGAGUCUCCGACCGUGGCGGGAGAGUUCAUCGACGUGGCGCCUAUUCCGGGCACCUGUGUGGUGAACGUGGGCGAUCUGCUCAUGCGCUGGAGUAAUGAUUAUCUCAAGUCGACGUCGCAUCGGGUCCAGUUGCCGCCCCGGCAGGAUCGGCAUACCGGGGAUGAAAGGCUGACGAGGGCGCGGUAUUCGAUCCCGUACUUUGUAUCGACGGAUCCUGAUACGGUCAUUGAGUGCUUGACGAGAGGCGAGCAAGCCGAAUACGAGCCCAUUACACAGCGGGAAUAUGCGGCUAUGAGAGCGAGGAUGCAGUAUUGA